UCCGCACUUUUAGCCACCCGCCAACCCAGGCAGGUAACUGGGCUGGGAAACCAUCAUGGCAGAGCAAAAGGACAAAGGAUUCAACGCGCUCGGCAGAUCCCUCUCGUCCACCGAGCCCGCUCUGGCCCUAGAGAUUGGGGGUGGCUGCAGAGCCAUGGUUGAAGUGCGGGUGCUGGUGAUCAACACUGGAGGGACGAUCGGGAUGGUGCCUCAGUCAGAAGGUCUUGCUCCUGAGGCCAACAAGUUAGCAGCGGCCCUGAGGAAGAUCCCAAUUCUCCAUGAUGCGGUAUACGCCAAGGAAACUGACCUGUAUUGCCGUUCGGGACUUCGAGAUGACACUUUGGUGCUUCCCCUUUCUGAGCAAAAUAAAAGAAUUAUCUACACAAUCCUGGAACUUUCUCCACUGCUUGAUUCUUCAAAUAUGACACCUGCUGAAUGGGACGAUAUUGCAAAGCAUCUACAGGCAAACUAUGAAAAGUAUGAUGGUUUUGUGAUCCUCCACGGCACAGACACGAUGGCCUAUACAGCCUCGGCACUGUCCUUCAUGUGUGAGAACCUGGGUAAAACCAUCGUUCUAACGGGAUCUCAGGUGCCCAUAUAUGAACUGAGAAAUGAUGGACGUUCCAACCUGCUGGGGGCGCUGCUGUUUGCUGGACAAUUUGUCAUCCCUGAGGUGUGCCUGUACUUUUAUAAUAAACUGUACAGGGGAAACCGGGUGACUAAGGUGGAUACGGAGAGUUUCAAUGCCUUUUCCUCACCUAACCUGCCUCCACUUGCAAAUGCUGAGGUGGAUAUUACAAUUAACUGGGAGACCGUAUGGAGAGCCAGUACCACCAGGAAAUUUGAGAUCCACACCAACAUGAACAGCAACGUUGGACUGCUCAGGAUCUUCCCAGGCAUCACUGCUGCUGCGGUGAAGGCGUUCCUCCAGAGUCCAAUGGAAGGGGUUGUGCUUGAGACCUAUGGGAGUGGAAAUGCCCCCAAUAAUCGUCCAGAUUUGCUAGAUGAGCUUAAGAAAGCAACUGAUCGCAAUGUGGUGAUUCUGAACUGCACCCAGUGUCUGCGAGGAACUGUUUCUUUAGUCUAUGCCACAGGAAAGACGCUUAUGGAUGCAGGUGUGAUUCCCGGGGCAGAUAUGACGCCGGAAGCCGCCCUGGCCAAGCUGUCCUACGUCCUGAGCAAACCUGGGCUUACCUUGGCUGAGAAGAGACAGAUGCUGAACGAGAAUCUGAGAGGAGAGAUGACUGUUGUGCCCAUCAGGACCCAGAUCACCCUCAAAGAUAGCAAGUUUAUUCAAGAGAUUGCAAGAUAUCUGUUUAUCAGCUGCAAGGAGGAACUAGCAGCUAUUAGGGAUGCUUUGACUCCCCCUUUAGCUUGUGUGGCUGCAAAAAAUGGUGACUUGGAAGCCCUAAAAGCGUUGCAGAACAUGGGUGGAAACCUGAGCUGUGGGGAUUAUGAUGGCCGCACCCCUCUCCAUGUUGCCUGCUGUGAGGGUAAUUUGGAGGUAGUCAGACAUCUGCUGGAGUCUGGUGCAACCGUGUAUGCAAAAGACCGAUUGGGAGCUACUCCACUAAUGAAUGCUAUCAAGUUCAGGCACAAUGAUGUGAUUUCCUUGCUCCGCACAACUGGAGCUCACCUUUCCAGCCAAGAACUCUUGAAUGUUGGAACAGAACUCUGCAGUCUUGCUUUUAAUGGAGAUGUUGAUGGCCUGAGUGCCUGGCAAAUGGCUGGUGUGAAUCUGAAGCAGCCCGGUUACGAUGGGAAUACUCCAUUUCAUGUGGCCAAGGCUGCAGGACAUGCAAGAGUUGUGCAAUAUCUCAAGACGUUUGCAGCCUAAUUUGGUACAUGAAAUUCUGCUCAGGCUAUGAAAAAAAGGCACAUACACAUAUUAAUGCCAGGCAUGUCAGCUGAUGCUUACUGUUUUAACAAUAAUUUAGAAAAGAGACUUAUUUUCUUAGGCUUGAUUUUUUUAAAAAAUGAAUUCUUGUGAAAGAAAAUGGUCUGCCAUUAAUAUGUAAGGGUGCAACGCGUAAAUUCAAUGGUGUUUUCAGGAAGCAAUAUGUGAAGAUGGAGCAAACUGCAGUCCUUAAGCCACACAUGAAACUGUAUUAUAGGGAGUCAAGACCAUUGGUCCACCAGUAGUAUUGUUUGUUCGGACAUUUAAAUGAAGGUGUUGAAGAUUGGACCUGAGAUCUACUGUAUGCACAGCAAUGUUCUCUACCACUGCGCCAUAGGCCUUCAGUGGCAGCUGUGUCAGGGUAGACACCUUUUAACAGAGAUCUAGAAUAUAGAAAUUAAGUUGUGCAUUUCAACGUAUGGACUGGGUUCGGAUGACACGAUAACCAAUGGUGGGUUAAAUACUCAACAGUGGGUUAAAUAGUCAACAGUUGGUUAUUCUGUCAUCUGUCAGGACUUUUUCACAUCACAGUUGGUUAUUUGGCUCAACCAAUGCAAAUAACCAAACUGUGCAGACUUGAUUAUUUGAACAACCAUGGGUUAUUGUGUCGGGCACCAUUGACUAUUUUGUUGCACGCAGUUAGUUAUUUUCGGCAACUACAGAGUCCCCUGGCAAGAGCAACCAAAGUGGCGGCUGCCGCUCUAGUCCAACCGGCAGAACUCGUAAUGGCUGAUGGGAUACCAGUGGGAGGAUGGAGGGUGGGGAGAGAGGGCAGGAGAUGUGUCAAACACAUUGUUGACUAAUAGUCAACUCAACGCUGGCCUUAAUCCACACCACGGUUGAUUAUAAUCUUGUCGUGUGGGGAGUAGCCCCUCAAUAAUCAACCAUGGAGUUGACUAUUAACCCACCAUUUACUGUUCUGUUGUUUGAACGCAGCCACUGUGUUCUAAAGAAAUGAGAUGCUCAAGCACUUUGGUGAGCAACGUCAGGAGGUUCUGAUUAACUUAAUAUUGUAUCAGAAAUCUGAUAGUAGGGUUUCACCAAACGUAUCUGAGGAAACCCCAAGUCUUAGGGGGAAUACGCCCUCGCCAAGGAACACUAUAAUGAGGUCAGAGAGCAUACUCAGUUUUGUGUAAAUAGGAAAAGGAAAUCCUCUAAAUAUGCCUCAGGAUCCUGUUCAGGAGGAAAACCCCGUUAUAGGCAUUUUUGAGAGCAUCUUAACUAAUUUUUCAUAGGAUUUGUGAUGUGUCUCGGUAGGGCUCUGUACAUCUCUGCUUGUAAUGCCACAGUUAGUCAACUUUCCACUUGCAAACAGAUCAUAGCAGAAUUAUGUGGCAACCCUCUGGAAAUUAUCAUGAUUUUCUUGGAAACAGUCAUGAUAUUCUUACUCUGUUUACUUUGGAAAUGGUUAUAAUUGUCUUGCUAGGCUUUUCAAUAAAAUAUUUGAAAAAUUUAUUUAUUUAUUUAUUUAUUACAUUUUUAUACCGCCCAAUAGCCGAAGCUCUCUGGGCGGUUCACAAAGCAGUUCACAAAAAUAUUAACUCAGCAUGAAAAGUGUGUGUGUGUGUGUGUGUGUGUGUGUGUGUGUGUGUGUGUAAGAGGGGGCGGGCAAUGAUGGAACAUUGGUCUGAACAAUAAACUUGUACUUUAUUAAGUAGGAUGUCCUCAGGUGUAAUUUAGGUGACCAGCGGAAAACACUUUCAAGGACCACUCACCUGUGAGUGGGAUAUGCAAUGCAUUGAUUUAACUCAGUUUACCAAUGCAGAAUACUUCUCUGAAGCAAGUCACUGGUUUUCUACAUACCGACCGAUUAUACUUAUAAGCAAUUAAAUGGGCCUAGGUAGGUAUUCCAAAGCCACAAAUCCUUUUGCUUAAAAAGGCUGAUUGGCCCAUUUUGUUAACAUUGGUUUAGCUAUUAUGAGGUAUAAAGAAGAAAAUAACCACAACAAAGGCUCUUGAUACCUUUGUUCUACUUUCUUUUCUUUUUGCAAUUUAAUCU